CUCCAUCAUCAUCAUCAUCGAACGCCACUAUCUCAUCCAAGAUUCCUACCCCUCCUCCUGUCCAACUCUUUCCAUCUGUCCACCUAUCACAUCGUACGCGUUCCUGACAAUGGCCCCCCGUUCCCACAACAAGCGUCAUCGUAGUGCCCAUACCGGGCAGUUCGUUAGCAAAUCUUCACGCGUUGACAGAUCCGCGUCCGCCGAUGAUAGUGAACCCAGUGUUGAAUCAUUGGUCGAGAACUUGGAGGACGCGAUAAUGGAGGAAUUGCCCGUGUCAUGUGUGGCCGGGUCUCCAGCGUCCCCCCCUGCCCCUUCUGCCGCUCCUUCCUCUGCUGCUCCCCCCUCUGUUCCUUCCUCUGCCGCUCCCCAAUCUCCUACACUUGCCCCUGUGUCUGGUUCUCCCGCUCCCGCUACCCCUGUUCCCGCGACCCCUACUCCCGCUACUCCUGGUUUUGCCGCCUCUGCCUUCGUUACUAGCUCUCCCCGUUUCAAGGAGAUGUUGCGUAGACUCGGUGAACCACGUCUCCCAGCGCGUACGCUCCCGCCCUUCUUGCCGACUCCUAGAACGAUUUAUUGCACGAAGGCGGCGUACGACACGACUAUCUGGAGCUCGGUCGCGGACGCCGAUUAUUACGUUCGUUUUAAAUAUUCGUGGUGGGGCAAUCGUCCAUUUGUACCAGAGAAUCACCCCCCCCCCCAACAGCGUCUAGAUCGGGAAAUCGUUAUGGGUUUUGCUGUGCACGAAGUCGUGGCGUCCACAGACACCAAGGAGCUUUUUACGACCGUAAAGUUCAACAUCGCGGGGACAUCCGCUCUGGCGAAUUCUUUCGGGAUGAUAGAUCCGUAUCGGCCUAUCCUCUGGCGUCUGUCGUCCGACUUCGUGGUGCAGGCAAAAGAUAUCCGUGUUUUCGGGAACGGGAACGCGGAUGUCGUUCUCUUUUACACCCGCGGGCGUGAGGCUCGUACGCCUUGUCUGGGAUGUCGUCGUGGGAAUGGGCCGUUCGCACGCUGCGUUCUGCUUCCUGCAUUCCCCCGUGUCCCCCUCUCUCUUCCUGAGGAGCCUCGUGCGUGUUUUAUUAGUGCUCCGGCGCCAGAGGCCAUUUUAAUCGAAGAUGACAACGCCGCUGAGACUACCCCCUCCCGCCCCCAAGCUCCUCCCGUCGCUUCCUCUCCCUCCCCUGCGGAGAAGGUUGUGCGCACACCGGGUCGUAAGCGUUCGGCCCCGGGUGGCUCCCGCCGUCGUUCGUCCGGUCCUGCGCCUCCUCCUUCUGUUUCUUCCGCCUCCGCCCCCCCUGCCCUGGCUCCUGGUCCUGCGGGUCCCGCGCUCUCCUCCAAUUUCUCUACGCGUACGCGUACGCAUUCCUAUAUUGGCAUUCCAGCCAAUCUUGCGAUAAAUGACAUUAAUGUCGUACGCAGAGCGGUAGAGGAAUCGGAGGCGUGCGCGGUGUUGUUGCGAGAGCGGCUUGCGGCCCUCGAAUCCCUUGCGGACCUCGAGUUUUGA